AUGGCACCUACUUCAGCGGAGGGAGCGAGUGCUGGAACAUUUAUUUAUCAGCCUUUGAAUGCCUUCCGCCAGGAAAUUCGCCUCAUCGAGGUCUUGUCCAUCGAAGAACCAAUCGUGUGCCAACUCAGUGUCGUAUCUUUGCUCGAAAAACCUCGAUACUCUGCCCUGUCCUAUGUAUGGGGUGAUGCUGCAAACAAGGAGACCAUCAUGGUCAAUGGAAUGAUGGUCCCGGUUACAGUCAACCUCAAGGCUGCACUGAGACACUUUGGCAGGCACUGGAAGAGUUUCAACCCGGGCCGCAAUCUGUCUUCGAUGAGAAUUUGGGCCGAUGCCCUGUGUAUCAACCAAAAUGACACCGAUGAAAUUAGCAGUCAGGUCCGACUCAUGGAACGUAUAUACUCCUGUCCUGACCUGGUCAUGGCCUGGCUGGGUAGUGAGGACCAAAAGACUAGUCUCGCUCUCAAAAUGCUGUGUCAGUUUGUAGAGGAAUUUCAAGCUGCGAAAUAUGAUCCGAAAAUACUCGCGGAUCUACAUUGGCUCAAAAAUCACCCGUACCUUUGGCAAAUCGAGGAAAACACACCCGAGGGAAACCAAGUUGGCAAUCCGGUCUGGGAUGCCAUAUUCUUUCUUAAUUCACUGCCUUACUGGAGGCGAGUAUGGACACUGCAAGAACAGGUCCUUGCACCGGCCCUCGUGUUUAGCUGCCCGUCUAUAGCUGUGUCCGGAGCCAACAUAUUCAACGCGCUUUUUGUAUUAGGAAGCCUCAGAGCGCAGCUGAUAGGGAACAAAAGCAUACCGGAUUUCAUCCCAACGAGGCUCUGGAGAUCGAUUGGGCUCCCAGGCCAUGUGGGCCAAGACCCGAUACAGCAUCUUGUCAGAGUCGCGAUGUUGUAUUCGACGGUGUACCGAGCCCAGAGGCUACCUCAAAAGGCCGAAGAGUACCAAAAACUUGAGAUUGAACGGCUCGAAUACCUCGUAAGGUUCCCUUUUGAAGCCACCGAGCCAAAAGAUCAUAUUUAUGGCAUUCUUGGGCUGUUGAACCCCCGAAUCAAGAGCAAGUUGAAGGUCGACUACAGUAACCGGAUGACGGUGAAUACUCUUUACUUGGAUUUCACGUCACUUCUAUUAGAAGAAACAAAAAGGCUAAACAGCGCCGUACUCAGAUUCCUGUAUUUAGCAGGAGUUGGAAAUGAUUUUGGUCUUCCAUCCUGGGUCCCGAACUACCCAGCAGCGUCGAAAAAUGUUUGGCAUGCUUCUUGGGAUACGUUUGCCAAGGUUGUUCCGGAGGAAGAGGCACGCAAAUUGAACAGCCCCAGCAUUCGUGGACUGAUUCUGAGCUUGAGUGGCGCCCGAUGCCUGGUUGUGUCACGAUUAGGACCGAAAUUCUCUCCCUUUUUCUCUAGAGAAAAUAGAUACUUGGUUGCGGAGCUGCUCAAAGACUCGGAACCGAGAUUCUGUCAUGUCUGGUCCUUCUUCCGUCUCGCAUUGGGAAUCACGAAUGAGACUUACGUUGACGAUAUCUGGCAUUUUGUCCUGUUAUUGGAGUUUGUACAAAGUAUGGAGAAGUUCCUGGGGGAUUCUUGCCCGAGCUACCUGAAAGGAAUCGCACUUGAAAAUACUCGCGGAUUAGAGGAAAUUCACCAAUCCAAUUUUCAAAGUGGAUUAAACGAACACAUGGUAAGCCUCCAGAUGCGGGAAAAGGCUCGAGGUUGGGUAUCAUCGGCCCUUGCAAUGGACAGAAAUAUGGUGGCCUUUCAGACAGAUGAAAAUUUCCUGGGGGUUGGGCCAGUAGGUUUGCGAGAAGGGGAUCAUGUUUUUAGCCUCUUAGGAUUUCCCAGUUUCGCUGUUCUACGGAAGGCUGGGUCGCGAUACAGAUUUGUUGGCCCUUGUAACAUUUCGGAACGGAAAUUUCAUAGCCCUGGUACUAUGAAACGCCUGCCUAGCCAUGGUGGCUACUUCGAUCUUGAGAUUGUUUAA